AUGUUCUGGGUGUUGGCCAUCACGACCCACGAGGAAUGGGAGUCGGCCAUGUUUGGCCUGCUCUACUGGCUCCCGAACCCACUUCAGUUCGGCUGCUUCUUGCUGCUGCCGAUGGCCUACAGCAAGGUGCUGUCCUCGGAGAAGGACUGGAAGGCUAAGAGCCGCUUUGUCGGCCGCGUCUACGUGACGCUCGUGUCGGGCAUGCUCGUCUACAUGGUGGGGUAUGCCCUGGUGCAGGUCGUGCGGGAGAGUCGUCAGUUUCAGUGCGUGACGGCGGACCAGGAUUCCAAAGACGCCCCGCAGACGUGCUACAGCAUGGAUACCACCAGCGACGCAUUUCGGGUGCUGACGGGUUUUUGCUUCUUCGCCUUAGCCGCAGGAGUCGCAAGCUACGGGUUCAAGAUGUCGAGGCUGACGGCAUCGCAGAAUAGGGCACAGCUGAUCUACCAUCCCCGAGCACUGACGGCUCUCAACUGCUUUCUUGUUGCGGUCUUCCUCUCGAAGGGAGCUUACCAGAUAUCCUCAGUCAAGGGGCUGUGGUGUCUUCCGGACAUACCGCUCAAGGGGUCCGAAGACAUUUGCCUGCUGAACUUCUCUGUGUUCAUGCUGUGGGACUACGUGCCGACGGUCUGGCUGCUGCUGGUCAUGGAGGGCACGACUGGAGAGCACGUUGGCACGUCGGUGGUGAAGGCCGUUCAUCCCGCAAAUUACGGGGACGACCUGCGGAACCUCCCGGACUACGGGGUGUUCCGCGAGAUAAAGGCGGCGGCUGCACGGGAUGCAGCUAGGGCGGAAAGGGCAUGGUCUGGGGCGUCCACCGGACAAUAUAUCUCGUCCUCCUCGUGGCUUUCUACUGAGCAGUCUCCGAGAACCACCUGCGGGUUGAGAGACCCCAACCACUUCAAGAAUGUUCCGGCCGCACCAUAUAAUGCUCAGGGCGGCGGUGGCUCCUACCCCAGCAGCGUGCACAGCAGCAGGGAAAACCUGUCACAGAGCGGCGUCGGCGGCGGGGGCGGCGGCAGCAGCAGUAUCGGGUAUGGCUUCUACGGGUACGGCAGUGGGAGUGCCGCCACCGCUGGCCAGGUCUCCAGUGUCGGCUCCAGCCUGGGCGGCAUGGCCUUCGUAGCCUCACCCUCCUCUUGCUCCCUCGAGUCGCACGAUCGCCAGAAUCGUAGAGGUCCGUUCAGCUGGUUGUUGGGGUGGAGGAGGAGCGCCACCGCUGAGGCGGAGGCUGGGAGCGGGGCGGUGAGGGGUGUGAGUGACGGCAGGGCGAGAGGGCAUCAUCGUAGUGGUAGUGGCGGCCGUGGCGGCGGUGGUGGCGGUAGUCCGUUUCUAUGGCAAGCGAGCAUGGAUUGCGGCAGCAGCAGCUACAUCAAGGGCAGCAGCAGCAGCCGACGCGAGAAUGAAAACGAGAUGAGCAAAACAAGCGACGGCGGCGGAAUGGGCAAGACGGUCUCGCGGUGGUGGAGACGCGUGCUUGAGGGGAGGAGAGAAGGAAGCGCCCCUGACCAGGCAGAAGAAACAGCUUCGCUGUGGCAGUCUUCGGAUGCCGACGCCCCGGACAAGUGGUCCCCGGGCUUCGGCGAGCUCUCUCGAGCAGAAGUCAUGUACUCGUUACGGGGAUACCGUGGUCCGGCUACGAGGCAAGAACGGGCGAUCAGCGACGACAGCUCACUGGGAGGUGGCGGGGCAGGAGGAAUGGGAGGGGUAUGGCAGGGGUAUCGAAGCGAGACUGGUCCAGUCAGGCAAACCCGCAGGCGGGAGGAGGCGAGCGUCAAAACGGCGGAACAUAAAGGACGACAGAUCCUCGCACCGCUCCGGCGCGAGACGGUCGUUCGCCAGGACUAUGGCUCCAGCGGCGUCGAUGGUGGCCUCGGGAAGCCCGCACGUAGCGAUGAUCGUCCCGCCCAAACGGUCGACGUCGGCGACGGCACCUUCUCCGAGGGGAGAGGGGGGCAUGACCCAAGGUACCCCGGUGAACAUGGCCGUAGCCACAGGGGUGGCGAAGAGCUUGAGAAUUGGCAAGGGGGUACCGUUAGGACGGAAGUCGCUAGGGGGGGCGCACAGGUCGUCAGAGGGGGGCUUGCUGGGGGAGAGCGAACCGGCGAGCGUAUGUAUCGGCCAUACCACGUUCCCGGUUAGUCACGUCAACAAUGACGGCAUCGUUGGCAGCGGUGCUGACUUGAUGCAUACGGGACGCAGGAGCAACGGUUGUGGUUGGUCGAUGCUGAGCGAUUACGCGGGCGAAGCCGAAUACAAUAGCGGGUAAUUUGGGCGGGUGUGCGGCUCAUUGUUGUCACAAAAAGUUGGUACCAGUGCUCUGCCUCCUGCUGCACACUGGUAUCAGCGCUCCAUACUUUCUAGAAUAUAUCACGUAGUAUUUACUGUGGGGAGCCGCCGAGUGACGCGGACUAGGCACGCUACACCGACCAAGACACAAAUUCUAAUGUGUUUUAAGUGUGAAAUGGCAGGCGGCGAUUAAUGAUAGCUUUUGCCCUUCUACACCUCAUGUGGCCAUCUUGUUGAGCUUACAGGUUUAGCUUCGGUUCCGGUAGUUUCAAGGCAAUUCAAAUAUAUGUGAAGCGGUAGCUACGUGACCCCGAUUGAACGGUCGGCCUAGAAUAUGUUAAUGCCACUCGUGAAGUGCAUCCGUUUGUCGUGUUUGUGCGAAGUGUAUAUAUCACACGCGAAGAAGGGAGGGAAACUCGGACGUUUGUUCACGGUUGAAUGCGAUAUGGCGCAGCACGUUUUUUUUAACGCACGCACGGUACAUUUUUUGGCGAGAGAAAUGAGAAGCGCUACCACGUUGCCCGCCUUUCCUCCUCCUGUCACGGGCUUCCGUCAGGGAGACGUCGUGGAGGCGUCAUCCUCGUUUUUUGGCGAUAGGGCAUCGUGAUGCUUCUCUCUGGGCAUUUGGUUUUGUACCGUGAGCCAAUCCUAACUGUGGCAUCAGUAGAAAAAGGAUGUCUAUUUUUUAACGUUUCAUCCACGGUUUUACGUGUAUUAUACGUAUGAGGUUUUGGGAAGGGCGUGCCUGUAUCUGGGCU